UGGGAUUUCUCGUUUUUAUUUGGUUGGAGAGAUAAGUUUCUUUCUCAAGAUAUGAUUCUACCUUUCCUGGAAAGAAAUUUAUGAGUGUUCUUGUUUUAUGUUAGGAGGUCUUCCUCAAAAUUAAUGAGAUCCUUUAACUAAUUUAGGAAACAAUCACAUCCAGAUUAUUAUUAUUAUUCCUUAGUUGGCAGAUAGAGCCUUAGAGGGGUUUCUUAUAAUCACCUGAGCCGAUCCAUUUGUGCCAAUGAGAUAUUGACCAUUACAACUGUUAUCUUGGAUUCAAGUGAGACCUCUCUACUGAUCAUUGCUAAUCUGGUUCGUGUUUCAGAAAACACAAGGAUUGCCUUUUUCCUCUAUAUGUGUAUAUGCUGAUGAUCUGUAUAUAAUUUUUGGGGAGUCUUAAGAAUUGAAAUCCUCCUGUUGUACUACUUUAUUGAUGAUCAAAGGGGAUUUCUGUGAUCUUGAAAACAAUCUUGUUUUCAUAAUCUUAUUCUCUACCUUUGUGUGGGAGGCUGUUGCUUCUGUGUAUCAUGAGAUUUCUAAGCCUUGUUGGGAAUUCUUUUGGAUGUUCUGCUUCUGGGGAACGCUUAGUUUCUGCUGCAAGAGAUGGAGAUCUUCAAGAAGCCAAGGCUUUAUUGGAAUACAAUCCAAGGCUUGCCAGGUAUUCCACAUUUGGGGUUCGCAAUUCACCGCUACAUUACUCUGCAGCUCAGGGGCACCAUGAGAUACUCUCCCUCUUGCUUGAGUCUGGAGUUGAUAUUAAUCUCAGGAAUUAUCGUGGUCAGACUGCUUUGAUGCAAGCUUGCCAACAUGGCCACUGGGAAGUUGUUCAAACAUUGAUUCUUUUUGGAGCCAAUAUCCAUAAAGCAGAUUAUCUGAAUGGGGGUACUGCACUUCACUUGGCUGCUUUAAAUGGUCAUUCACAGUGCAUAAGGCUCCUCCUUGUAGAUUAUAUUCCUAGCAUCCCUGAUUGCUGGAAUUUAUUAACUAAAAAAUCAAGGAACAGAGAAUCUACCUCAGAAUUUGAUGAAGGUGCUCUUCGUGAGGUCAUCAAUAGACCUGCUGAUGGAGGGAUCACUGCUCUUCAUAUGUCAGCCCUGAAUGGACAUGUUGAAAGUGUUCAGUUGUUGCUUGACUUGGGAGCAUCCGUUAAUGAGGUCACCGUGGAAGAUGGAACAACAAUUGAUCUAAUUGGUUCUGGAAGCACUGCUCUCCAUUAUGCUGCUUGUGGUGGUAAUGCACAAUGUUGUCAGAUUUUGAUAGCCAGAGGUGCCAGUGUGACUGCUGAAAAUGUUAAUGGGUGGACUCCCUUGAUGGUUGCUCGCUCAUGGCGUAAAAAUAGUCUUGAGGAGAUUCUUAGCACUCAGCCUGAGCGGCAGUUACGAGUCCGUCCUUCACCUUACCUAUCUCUUCCUCUUAUGAGCAUUGUAAAAAUUGCUAGACAAUUUGGAUGGAGGAAUAGUGAUUCCUUGCUUUCCUGCCAAGACCCAUGUGUUGUGUGUUUGGAAAGGAAGUGCAUGGUAGCUGCAGAAGGUUGUGGUCAUGAAUUUUGCACACAAUGUGCCUUGUACCUCUGUUCCACAAAUAGCGCAUCAAGAGUUGCUCGAGGUCCUCCCGGUUCAAUUGCCUGCCCCUUGUGUCGACAUGGAAUAGUAUCAUAUGUCAAACUCCCCGGAACAGAACCAAAGGUUAAGGCAGUUUCAAGAACAAGUUUGUCCCUACCAUUUUGCACUUGUUCAAGUGAAGGAUCAGAGCUCUCUGUAACAUCCCCACUUUGCAAGCCUCACAUCCAUUGCGGCCAAAUUUCUCCCAUCCUUGGAUCUUCAUUCCGCAACCUGAGCUGCCAGAGGUUCCCAUCAAUAAAGAUCAACUCCAGCCUUUGUAUGGGAGCAACAGAUAGCAGUCCAUUAGUUCCUCGCAGUGUAGACCGGAAAAUGCGUGACCACAUGGUUAGGUGCUCGGGAUUUAGACGAUCGACUAUCUCCAGUACUGAGGGCCGGAAAUCCUGGUUGUCAGCACUCAAUCAGUGUGGGUGCUGAAACUGCUUCCACUUCGUUUUCCUUCUGUUGUAUCCCCUUUGAGGGAUAGAUUUUCCCCUCUCAUCUUGUCCAUAAGAGAAUCGUCGUAGAAAUGGUUGCUGGUAUGUAAAUGCCAAAUAUCCCUCCUACCAUAUUACAGAAUUAAUCCCUGCAGGCUUGUUGGGAGUCCACCAGAUUAUCCCUUCCUAUGUGAUAUGGAUCCUAUUGAAGAUUGAACAGAUAUUCAUGAAUUCUUAACUAUCCAUUGAGUUAUGUUUCUUUCAAGGAGUUUUCUUAACAUAUGGCACAAACUGAGAACAGGAAAGAAUUUCGAAUGUUUUCCACUUCUUAUGUAUGUUAAGUAGCUUAAUUUAAUGUUGUUGAGAAGGAAUUCAAGGAAAUCAAUUGAAAGUCCCAAA